AUGGUACUUGACUACAGCAAGUGGGAUGCACUGGAGCUAUCCGAUGACUCGGAUAUUGAGGUGCACCCCAAUGUCGAUAAACGAUCUUUCAUCCGGGCCAAGCAGACUCAGAUUCACCAGCAGCGUGAGCAGCGCCGUCACGAUAUCAAGACCUUCAAGUAUGAGCGCAUUAUCAACGAUGGCCUACUCUCGCGCAUCGACAAGCUCCUCAAUGCUCUCAAGCAACAUGAAGACUCCUCGGCCUCCCCUGAACAGUUCAUCUUCCAGACUAUCAUGGAAUUUGCCAGCGAUCCCACCGAAGAUCAAGCCCCAGCGCCUCCAGAGGGCGUUCACACCCACGAGAAGGAACAACCUAAGUACUCGCAGAUGAUGAGCGCUCUGGUGGACCAGGUCAAGAAGGAAUUUGGAGACUCUAAGCCAGACAACAUGUUCAAGGCUUAUAUCACUGGCGUACAAGGACACAAGGACAAGGUGCAGGGCUUGCAGAAGGAGCUGAUGACGAGAUUGGCCCAGUUGGAAAAGGAGGAGAGCAGCAAGAUCACCAGCGAAGGCUUGCAUGAUGGAUUCAAUUCUUCACACGUGUCCAAGGCCGACCCGAAGCCUAAAGCCGCUGCGCCAGCCAAGAAAACCGAGGUGGAGCUCCUCAAUCCCGGUGCUGGAAGCUCAUCGGCCGCUCAGGCUGAGGAGGACGACGACGAUGACCCCGCAAACAUUGAGAUCAGCCCAUUGGCGAAGCGGUUUGCAAAGCUUAAGCCCAAUGAUUACUUGGCCUACCAGCGAUUCAUCACCGAGCACCCUGAAAUUAUCGCCGAGAAGGAGACGGACGGCCUGCUGGUCGAGGCCUUCAACAGUCAGCUUAAGGGCGAGGAUGCGUACGCCCGCCAAUGCGUGCACCAGGGUCUUCUUUUGCAGUACUGCCGAUCUCUCGGUCCCGAUGGUAUCAAGUUGUUCUUUGGCCGCAUCACAACCAAGGAGCAUCGUGCUGCAACUCUUUUCACCAAUGACGUUAACGACACUUACAACCGCAUCAAGACCCGUGCGGCUGAGCUCAGCAAAGAGAACUCCGCCUCCAACGACCCAGCUGGCGUUGAGCAGAUCCAGUUGCACGCAGUUGACCCCAACACUAAGAUCACAAUCAACAUUCCCACCGCCAACAGCGAGGACCCUACCGAAAUUGAGGCCCGCAAGAUUUUCGAAUCUUUCUCGCCCGAGCUUCAGAAAGCAUUGGCGUCUGAGUCUCUGGACGAGGUCAACAAAGUUCUCGGCAAUAUGUCCGUUGAUGAAGCUGAAGUCGUUGUGGAGCAGCUGGGAAAUGGUGGGAUGCUUAGCCUGGAGGAGGGCAUUAUUGAUGGUACCACUGAGGAAGGUCAAAAGAAGCUCGCUGCGAUUGAGGCAGAGGCCAAGCAGGAUGUCGGCGAGCCUGGCGGCGACGUGACUGAGUUGGAUUAA